CCAUAUUUUUCUUAUUAAAUUUUGAAUUAUCAUACAUAUAUUAUAUGUAUAAACAUAUAACAACAAGUAUUAUAUGUAUUGUUACCAUAUUUAUUUUUAUUUUUCCUUUUCAAAAAAAAAAAAAAAAAAAACUAGUUUUAUUUUUCUGGGAAUUAUCCAUAGGAAAACCCCUUUCAGUUGGAAAUAAAUGGGCUUUUUUGGGCCUUGUGUACGGUUCAAGCCCCAGCCCAUAAUCUCAUAGCGGCAAAAAUCACAAUCUCCCGCCAUAGCUAAAAAGCUUUUCCCAUGAUUCUCAACAGUAUCAGGAAAAAAACAAAGGCUGAAAAUGGGGAAGGAGAAACAGUACUGGCUUUUGAAGACGGAGCCUGGAGAGUGGUCAUGGGAUCACCAAGCAUCGAACGGUGGCCUAACCAAGUGGGACGGUGUCAAAAACAAGCAGGCUCAGAAGCACCUCAAGUCCAUGAAACAAGGCGACCUUUGCUUCUUCUACCACUCCGGAGCCAAAGCCCGCCGAGUCGUCGGCGUCGUCAAGGUCAGCCGUGAGUGGUACUCGGAGAAGGAAGAAGAAGACGACGUCGUUGUGGACGUGGAGGCCGUUGGGGAGAUGAGGAGGCUGGUUGACUUGAGUGAGAUGAAAAGAGACCCUGGUCUUGCUGGCUUUACUCUGUUUAGACAGCCCAGAUUGUCGGUUGUGCCAGUUUCCAUGGAUGUGUGGGAGAAGGUCUGUGAAUUGGGUGGUGGGUUUGAAGGAGAUGGUAAAGAUAUCGAUAAUGGCGGUAGUGGUGAUGAUAAUGAAGAAGAGCAGUGUUGAGAAUUUUGGAUGCAUAGAAGGUGUUUGUAAUUUUGUCUAGCUCAAGAAGCAAGUGUAAAUUUUUGGGUUAAUGUUUGUUAAUCCUUGGUUUAUUUUAGUUUGCUUAUGUUUUGUUUUAUUUUUGGAGUAUUGGCUUAUCCAAAAAUAUGAGAAAAUAUAUAGAGAAAUCAGUGAAAAAACAUUGUAAAUUUUGUGAUUCAAAAUUUCAAAUAUUACCAUUGUUUUGGACCCUUA